UCGCCUGGAAGAAUUGUACUUAUGCAGGGAUAAACCAGAAUGUUGUUAUCGUAGUCCUAGGCUCCUAGCCGCACUUACUCAUCUGCAUCAUGGUGUCAGCAUCAUAUGCUUCCACAAUCUGGAAAUGGAGAACACAGCAAGUGAUCCUGUUAUCAGGGAUUAAGCGUAGAAGAAACAUAAAUGGGAGUUCCUGAAGCUGGUGAAGGUGAAGAUGCACGGAUGAAAUCUGCAAUUUGUACCGGAACCCUUCUACAGGAUGGUUUGGGGGAUACAUCAGGGUUUCCGUCACAGAACAAAAGCACCAGAGAAAGAGAUAAGUACUUGCAGAAGACUGACAAUUCGUUUUAUGGAAUUGUACAGCAUCAAAUCUUCAGUAAGAGAGUGAUGUCCCUUGUUGUUCUUGAGGCACCUCAUAUGUUGGUUGUGUCAUGUACCUUACUACAUAGGGGUGCCCUUAGUCUGCUAGUCACCUGGUGGCCCUGAUCAAUAAGUCUAUGGUAGUUAGUAUUUUCCUUUGGAUCACUAGGAUGUUCACAUGUGUCGCCUAGAGAUUGAUCCUUAUCUUCUUUUUUUUUUUG